GGGGAGGGUGUUGCUGUUUCUGUUUCAUUUCUGUGGCUGGGAUAUCUGGUUUCGUUUCUGCUAGUGCUGCUCAUGGGGAGUGAGCCACACAGCAUAUAAGAGGGAAGCGGAGAAGGACGGGGUGACUCUCCCGGUGUGCGUUGAGGAGGCACGGAGAGCUUGUCGGGCAGACGCAGUGCUGAGCAAACGGGCAGCACUCCCACCAGCUCUAACUCAGUGACGGCUAAUGUCUAAGACCCACGCUUCUCGGCCAUACCAGAGGCGCAAGAUGUUUUGGCCCCAACAGCAACCAAAAAAAGAACUGAAUUUCUUCCACCAGCAGCCCCCGCCACCCGGCGAGGCAGCAGGAUACAUGAUUUGUCCCCCGAACGGUCAGGUCAGAGGGCAGGAUCCAGCUUAUCUCAUCAAGGAGUUCCACACGCUGGCACUGAACCCUCAGCAGCCAGAAGGAAGCAGGGGCCAACAGAAGGCAAAGGGCCCUGAGCACAUCCUGGCUAGCCAGUACGAGGAGAAGGUGCGCCCCUGCAUCGACCUCAUCGAUUCCCUGCGGGCGCUGGGCGUGGAGCAGGACCUGGCCCUGCCCGCCAUCGCCGUCAUUGGGGACCAGAGCUCGGGCAAGAGCUCCGUGCUGGAGGCUCUGUCGGGCGUUGCCCUCCCCAGAGGCAGCGGGAUUGUGACCAGGUGCCCGCUGGUGCUGAAGCUGAAGAGGCAGCCACACGAGAGCGCGUGGAGGGGGAAGAUCAGCUACCGCAAGACGGAGCUCCAGCUCCAGGACCCCUCCCAGGUGGAGAAGGAGGUCCUCAAAGCCCAGAACACCAUAGCUGGGAACGGAGUUAGCAUCAGCCAUGAGCUCAUUAGUCUGGAGAUCACCUCCCCUGAGGUUCCGGAUCUGACCCUCAUUGACCUUCCCGGCAUCACCAGGGUACCUGUGGGAAACCAGCCCCAGGACAUUGGACUGCAGAUCAAGGCACUCAUCAAGAAGUACAUCGAGAAGCAACAGACGAUCAACUUGGUGGUGGUCCCCUGCAACGUGGACAUCGCCACCACAGAGGCGCUGAGCAUGGCUCAGGAGGUGGACCCUCAUGGAGACAGGACCAUAGGAAUCCUGACCAAACCAGAUCUCGUGGACAAGGGUACCGAACACAUGGUCGUGAAAGUGGCUCAGAACCUCACGUACCGUCUGCAGAAGGGCUACAUGAUCGUGAGGUGCCGGGGACAGGAGGAGAUCACCAACAAGCUGAGCCUGGCCGAGGCAACCGAGAAAGAAACGAUGUUCUUCCAAGCACAUCCGUAUUUCAGAGCUCUCCUGGAGGAAGGAAAGGCUACGGUGCCCCGUCUGGCAGAAAGACUGACCAAUGAGCUCAUCUUGCACAUCAAUAAAUCACUCCCGUUGUUAGAAAAGCAAAUAAGGGAGAGCCACCAGAGGGCGACAGAGGAACUGCACCAGUGUGGAGACAACAUCCCCAGCAAUGAAGCCGAUAGAAUGUUCUUUCUGAUCGAGAAAAUUAAGGUGUUUAAUCAGGACAUUGAAAAGUUAAUAGAGGGAGAAGAAGUCGUGAAGAAGAAAGAUAGCCGCUUAUUUAACAAAGUCAGGGAGCAUUUUGAAAGCUGGGUACUUGUACUCACAGCCAAUACCCAAAAAGUUAAAAAUAUUAUUCACGAAGAAGUCUCAAUAUAUGAAAAGCAGUAUCGCGGUAGAGAGCUUCUUGGAUUUGUCAGCUACAAGACGUUCGAGACCAUAGUGCACCAGUAUAUGGAACAGCUGAUAGACCCCGCGCUCACCAUUCUCCACCAGACUGUUGAAGUUGUCUGGCAAACGUUCGCCGAUGCAGCCAAGAGGCAUUUUAGUGAAUUCUCCAACCUCAAUCAAACAGCCCAGAACAAGAUUGAAGACAUAAAAACGAGAGAAGCAGAAACAGCAGAAAAUCUGAUCCGACUUCAGUUCAGAAUGGAGCAGCUGGUUUAUUGUCAAGACGAGAUUUACAGCGUGGUUCUGAACCAAGUCCGGAAAGAGGUCUUCAACCCAGUGGGAAAGCCCUUGCAGAAUCCCGAGUUGAAACUGUCAUUCUCCAAAGAUCUGUCUUCGGUGUCGUCCAUCACUGAGAUUGGGGUGCACCUGAAUGCCUAUUUCUGGGAAGCCAGCAAACGUCUCGCCAACCAGAUCCCAUUCAUAAUUCAGUAUUUCAUACUCCAAGAGUAUGGCAGUUGCUUACAGAAAGCCAUGAUGCAGAUACUGCAGGAGAGAGAGCACUAUUCCUGGCUACUUCAAGAACAGAGCGAGACCUCUGCCAGGAGGAGAGUCCUUAAGGAGAAGAUUCACCGGCUGGUUCAGGCGCGGCGCGCUCUCUAUAAUUUCUGCAAUUAAAGGGGCUGGGUCCACGGAGGGGCAACGAUGCUUUUGGGUUUUCUUUUCUGUGCACGCACUGUAAGGGGAUGCGAAAAGUGGCUUCGCAUUUGGAACCAGGCUUUUCUGUUGCCACCUGUGUCCACCUUUGCUGUCCUGCAUUUGCGCUCAGCACCAGUUUGUAUCUGAAGUCCACAUGCACCCGGGGCUGUCACCUCUGCCAGGAGGCCUUCUCUGAUCUCCCCAAAGAGGUGGCUCGCCAGUCCUUGAGCCUCACAGACCCCCGUUACAGCGUUCUCAAAUACUGCUCUCUUUCUUUGUUAGAUUGUAAGAGACCCCAGAGGGGGGAGGUCAGGAUCAUAUUCUUUUGUAUUCCCGGAAUCUUGAAUGACACCUGCUACACACGAGCCCCUUAAUGAAUUAUAUCUCACCAAACACAUGAAUGAUGAAGACCACCUGGCGUUGUGGCUUAAAUGCAGACUUCGGUGGUUUGAGAUGGUGUCCCUUGGCCGGUCACUCUCAGAGCAAUUCAGCCAUGCCACCUGCUUCCCCGUGUUGACUGUAGCCGUGUUUCCAGCCCCCCAGGGGAGACUGGCGGGGGCGAUACCGAUUUUAAUGUGCACUGUUUCCCUGGCUGCAACGAGCUCCCAUUGCUACGUUAAGUCCUGAAGAGAUGUUUAAUAAGGAAAAACAUUUUUUAAAGAUUUUAUUUAUUUACCUGACAGAGAGAGAGCACAAGCAGGGCGAGCAGGAGAGGGAGAAGCAGGCUCCCCACUGAGCAGGGAGUCCGACACGGGGCUCGGUCCCAGGACCCUGGGAUCAUGACCUGAGCAGAAGGCAGACGUUUAACUGACUGAGCCACCCAGGCGCCCCAGGAAAAGCAUUUUUUUUUUUUAAUGUAGAGGUUCAUACCAGUGGCCAUCUCUAGAUUGGAGGAUUACGACUAAUUUUAUUUUCUUCGUCAGGCUAAGCAAUACCUACUUCAGAGGAAUUUUAGGAGGGUUAAGUGAAACCAUUUCUACAAAACACCUGUCCCGAAGCCGGUGUUCAAAAAUGCCAACAAUUCUUCGCUCUCCAUCAAACGCCUCUUUCUUCCUUACUCUCUAGGUCCGUAGAGCAGCCCCCCUUCUAAAGCCCUCCCAGCCAGUUCUCACACCCCGUUCUUUGAUCUCUGUGAGGCAGGUGUUAUGUGGGGUUAGAUGAGCCCGACCUCAUGGUUUUGCACAGGCAUGCCCAGUUUUCCCAGCACCAUUUGUUGAAGAGAUCAUCCUUCCCCCAUUGGUCUUGGCACCCCCAUCCAAAAUCAUUUGGCCAUAUAUGCAAGCAUUUAUUUCUGGGCUCUCUGUUCUAGUCCAUUGGUCUGUGCCUGUCUUUAGGCACAGACCAAUGGACCACCAGGACCAUUGAUCAAAACCACACUGUUUUGAUAAUGGUAGCUUUGUAGUAAGUUUUGAAAUGAAGAAGUGUGAGUCCUUAGCUUCCUUCUUCUUUUUCAGGAUUGUUUUGCCAAUUUCGGGGUAGCUUGAGAUUCCACGUGAAUCUUACAGUGGGUUUUUCUCUCUCUACAAAAAAUGUCAUUGGGAUUUUGACAGGGAUUGCACUGACUCUGGAGGUCACUUGGGGUGGUAUUUGCAUCUUAACAAUAUUCAGUCUUGCAAUUCAUGAACACUGGAUGUCUUCCCGUGUAUUUAUGUCUUCUUUAAUAUCUUUGAGCAAUGUUUUAUAAUUUUCAGUAUGUCUUUCAUUUCCUUGAUUAAGUUAAUCCCUAAGUAGUUUAUUCUUUUUGAUGCUGUUGUAAGUGGAACUGUUUUUCUUCAUUUCUUUUUCAGAUCGUUCAUUGUUAGGGACCAGAAAUGCAACAUUUUUCGUUUUUUUUUUUUUUUUUUUUUGCUGAAUAUUUGUGGUUUUCCACAUAUAAAAUCAUACAAUUUGUGAACAGAGGUAAUUGUACUUAUUCCUUUCCAAUUUGGAUGCCUUUUGUUUUGUUACCUUGCUGGAUUGCUCUUCUGAUAGUACCUUGAAUAGAAGUGGCAAAGGCUGGGAACCUUGUAAAGUGUCCCAGAUUUUGAAGAACCUUUGCAAUAUUGAAGCUAAUGGUUAUGAAAAGAGCGUAUGAAAGAGAAAAUAUUGGUCUUAGUUUUGGUGUCCUUUACUUUUCUUUUUUCUUUUGUAAUUUGGACUUUUCCCCUCAUUUUAUGAGUUGGGUCACAUACACAAAUAGCAGCAGUGCUGAGAAGACCCACUGUCCCUGUUCCCUUUGUUGUCUUUUUUUUAAAUUAAUUUAUUUGGCAGAGAGAUAGAGAGCACAAGUAGGCAGAGUGGCAGGCAGAGGGAAAGGGAGAAGCAGGCUCUCUGCUGAGCAGGGAGCCUGAUGCGGGGCUCGAGCCCAGGACUCUGGGAUCAUGCAUGACCUGAGCCGAAGGCAGCCGCUUAACCGACUGAGCCACCCAGGCGCCCCCUUUGUUGUCUUCUUAACCUUUAAAUUAUAGAUGCUGUUGUGGAAAUAAAGUCUGAGAAAAAUAAA